AUGGAUGUUGAAAUUAUUUCCAAAGAGUUUAUCAAGCCUUCUUCAUCACUAGCCAUUUCAAAUCAAUUCGAACCCUUCAGAUUAUCCCUUUUGGAUCAGAUUUUUCCUACAUAUUAUUUUCCAAUCAUCCUCUUCUACCCAGCAACAAAUGCCCUUUUCAAAGGUGCCCAAAUCUCAACUCAACUAAAGACUUCACUCUCACAAACUCUAUCUACCUUCUAUCCUUUCUCUGGGAGGCUGAAAGCCAACCUUGUUAUAGACAGCUAUGAAGAGGGUGUUCCGUACAUAGAAUCUCGAGUGAAGGGUUGUUUGUCUGAAUUUCUUAGACAUCCUCAGCUGGAGUUACUGAAUCAACUCCUUCCAUGCCAGCCAUUUUCCUAUGUUUCAGACCCAGAAGCUGCAGCAUUGGUGGCAGUACAAGUUAACAAAUUUGAUUGCGGUGGAAUAGCUCUCGGUUUGUGCCUAUCACACAAAGUUAUCGAUGGCGUUAGUGGGAGUACUUUCCUUAACAGUUGGGCAGCCAACGCGCAGGGUUCUUGCAUUGAGCGAAUAAAUCCUGAUCUUUCCGAGGCAUCGCUGCGCUUUCCUCCACAGGAUCCCUCCUUGCUGCAAAAUUAUAUAUCAUUGACCGAAAAACGUGUGUUCAAAGAAGGGAAGUACAUUAGCAAGAGAUUUGUCUUUGAUGCCAAGGCUAUUGCCACUCUAAGGGCUAUAGCAAAAAGUGAUAGUGUGGAAAAUCCAUCUCGCAUUGAGACAUUGUCUGCUUUCAUUUGGAAGUUUUGUAUGGAAGCUGAAAGGGUAAUAUAUGCUUCUUCAGGGCCGUUUUUAUCAUCACUUGCGGUGAACAUACGACCAAGAACUGAACCUUGCUUGCCACAAUAUUCGAUUGGAAAUCUUUGGCAACGUGGAAUUACGGUCUGUCAUGACUUGACAGAUACAGAGAUGGGACUGAAUGAAUUGGUGACCUCAAUUAGAGAAACUGUUACCAAAAUGAACGCCGAUUAUCUACAUACUCUACAAGGUGAAAAUGGAUUUCGAGUUAUUUCUAAAUCGCUAAACAAGAUGAGCUCCAACAACUACAGCCCGAAAGUAUUCGUUUUCUCGAGUUGGCUUCGGUUUGGCUUCAAUAACAUAGAUUUUGGAUGGGGAAAGCCUGUAUGGGUGGGUGUCACUGGACAAUCUGGUCAAGCCUCUUUUAACCAAACCAUCUUCUCAGAAACUGGAGUAGAAAAUGAAAUUGAGGUAUGGAUGAUCUUAGAGGAGAAUAUAAUGUCCAUAAUAGAGCAUGAUCCUGAAUUCCUCAAAUUUGCUUUGCCUAAUCCUAGUGUUUUAAUCCCGUGA